AUGGAAGUGAUGGCCCCAGUCACUGGACAACCGGCAAGCGCCCAACGAGGCAUGACAAACAGCAACGUAGACGAAGUUGACACGGACAUGGCGGACACGUCCGAGGAAGCCGCCCCUACGACACCACAGGAUGACUACCUCCCCGCUCUCGGGGAGGACGAAGAAAUGGGAGACACAGAACAAGAACAGCCACAGAACAAUGCGGCGGUUAUUCAAGAAUAUAACGAACCAGAAAGGACCGAGGAGAUACCAGUUAGCCAGGAACAGGUGGAAGGAGGCGGAAACGAAGUUCAAAAACACUAG